GCUGGCCAUCUUCCUCCUGUGCCUGCUACUACUCCUCGAGGUGCUGCUCUUCCUCGAGGUGCUCCUCCGAGCCAUGAUGGUCAUGGGGCUUCUGAUCUACGUGCUCCUCACUAACUGAAGCAAAGUGGGGAGGACACCUCUUAUUCCCCCCCAGAGGUCUUCAAGAAGGAGACAAGAGGAGAAUCACACCGACCUCAAGAAGAGAUGGAGGGAGCCGUGAGCAGCAGUCAGAGGAGGGGAGAUGAAGCUCCUGAUUCUUGCUGCGUUUGCCCUGUUUUCCGUGGCCCGCUGUGAGGAGGGCGCCAGGCUCCUGGCCUCCAAGUCUCUGCUGAACAGAUACGCGGUGGAGGGCAAGGACCUGACCCUGCAGUACAACAUUUACAAUGUUGGCUCCAGUGCUGCUUUAGACGUGGAGCUGUCGGAUGAUUCCUUCCCCCCCGAAGACUUUGGCAUCGUCUCUGGGAUGCUCAACGUCAAGUGGGACAGGAUCGCUCCAGCGAGUAACGUGUCCCACACCGUGGUCCUGCGGCCUCUCAAAGCCGGUUACUUCAACUUCACCUCCGCCACCAUCACAUACCUGGCGCAGGAGGGCGGGCAGGUUGUGGUUGGUUUCACUAGUGCUCCUGGGCAGGGAGGGAUCUUGGCGCAGCGGGAGUUUGACAGGAGGUUCUCCCCGCACUUCCUGGACUGGGCAGCAUUUGGCGUGAUGACCCUGCCCUCCAUCGGGAUCCCGCUGCUGCUGUGGUACUCGAGCAAGAGGAAGUACGACACCCCCAAGACCAAAAAGAACUGAGUAAAAUCAAAUGCCACCGGCACCCCAGAGCUCAGGAAAGAAUGAACAUUGGCCCCCCCCAGAGCAGCGGGUGCUUUGGGAUCAGCAACAGCCACCCCUCAAGGCGCUGCCUGGGCUGGAGGAGGGAAUUGAUGGCUUCCCUGGUAGAGACCUGUUGUCUUCUACGUUUUAAAAAGCAAAUAAGCAAACAAAAAAAAAAAGCAACCCAACUGAAAAUCCCAAGACUUGAGACAUGUGUGGAAGGAGCUCUGUCCAGUGACAAAACCAGGGCUCCUUGUGACGGAGGUUCGUCGGAGCUGUGGCUUUGCUGGGAGGUCCCCGUCGAUGCUCCUUCUCUAGGAGGUGGCCUUGUGCUUCGGUGAGCAGUUAAUUGCCGUGUUUCUGUCCUUUCUGGUUGCUCUGUUGCGGGUUGGGGUGUGUUGAGGUACUGAGGAUUUUGUAAUAAAAUGAACACCGUGAAAGAA